AUGCAGAAACUCACACCCCAUGUUGUUAUUGUCCCUGCUUCUUUUGCUCCACCAUCACUAUACUCCAAACUUGUUCAGAGUCUCACAUUGUAUGAAUUACAGACAACUGUCAUCGAUCUCCCAUCCGUGGGAUUUCGUGACGCACUGCCGGCUGUUUCCAUGGAAGAAGAUGCUGAGCAUAUCAAGACAGUCACAGCAAAGCUGGCUGAUGAAGGUCAUGAGAUCAUCCUAGUGAUGCACUCUUAUGGCGGUAUAUGCGGUACAGAGAGUACGGCUGAGCUCUCUAAGGCAGAGAGACAAAUUUCUGGAAAGCCGGGAGGUAUAGUCUAUCUCAUUUAUAUCAGCUCCCCUGUACCUGAGAUCGGAGGGUCAGUUAAGACCAUGAUGGGCGAUAGCAUGCCCCAUUUCAUGAAAAUUGAGGGACACUACCUCACAUCUGAUCCCGAAGGCUGCGCGAGCAUCAACUUCUCAGACCUUCCAAGAGCCGAAGCGCUGACGUAUGCGAAGCAAAUGACGGCACAUUCAGCGCUGAGCUUUUCUGGACCACUACAGAACGCAGGAUACUUGAAUAUUCCUGUUGCAUAUAUAGUUUGUGAGAAGGAUGUUUCUGUCCCGCCUCAUGUCCAGAGAUCUGCCGUUGAUAUGAUUUCUAAAAAGAGCGGUCGAGAGGUUGUCACUUUUUCUUGUGAUUCUGGACACUUUCCAACUGUCAGUAUCCCAGGCAAAUUGGCUUCUUUUAUCAACAAGGUUGCUACCAAAAGCCUUUUAGAGUAG